GCGCUGGUGGCUCUUGCCGCCACACUGUGGCCGGACAGGCCUGCCUGGCUUCUUUUCGAUGGCACCGGCACAGACUCGAAGGAGCCACUCCUGGACUUCUCUCCGAGGAGCCCCUUGCAAGACGACGAGAUUCUCGCAGAACCUGAGGAGGCUCCCAGCCGACUCCUACGCGAAGAGGCUCUGGAGAGGAGGCCGCGACGUCGCAUCAAGGGUGGGCUGCCGCCUGCGGCGCAGCUCAGGAUGACAAGAAGAGCCCGAAGCAUAGCAGCUUCCUGGGCUGCCAUCUUGUCGACGAAUGGCAUGGGACUCGUGGUGGACGGCCGGGUGAUGCUCGUCAGACUCGAGGGGCGGCAGAUCCACUUCGAUUCCGAGGCGUUCUCACUCCAAGAGAUGGCCUUGCAACUAGAUGGACGAGUCUUGAGCCUCCUCGUUGAGAGCCAUACUCGAGGCUGCCGCAGCUUCCACAUCGAACUCGACGAUGCCGGAGAUGCCGUCGAACUCGCGUUGACUCUAAAGGUACUGCGAGCAGAAGCAGACACGGGAGCUGGUGUGGGAUGGCUGAUAGACAGGCCCCUCGACCAGUUGUGGCGUCCAACGCCAGCCGAGUGA